AACUAGUUUGCUAGGCUUUAACAAAACUAAAAGUCGUGUCGAAAUGAAGUUGCAGAGUUUAUUAUUAAUAUGCGCGCUUUUUGGCGCCGCCGUUGCUAGCGAAACCCCCAAAGUGAAAAUCGGCGUUAAGAAGCGUGUGGAAAACUGCACGCGAAAAGCCAAAGGCGGCGACUUAAUUCAUGUGCAUUACAAGGGAACUCUACAAGAUGGUACCGAAUUCGAUAGUAGCUACAAUCGUGGUAAGCCCUUCUCAUUCACUCUGGGCGCUCGGCAAGUGAUCAAGGGCUGGGAUCAGGGUCUCUUGGGCAUGUGCGAGGGCGAACGCCGCACUCUGACCAUACCGCCCGAGCUGGGCUACGGCGCCAGUGGUGCAGGCGGUGGCAAAAUACCGCCCAACUCAGUGCUAAUAUUCGAUGUGGAGAUGAUGAAGAUCGACGCAAAGAAUAACGGGGAUGAGCUGUAAA